AUGCCUUCCGAAGCUCAAGAUCCAAAGGUCCUCUACAUCUAUCUCUCCCUCUCGGCAGGGUCAUCUACAAUCGAUACCGGACUCCGCGUUCUUGAGAGGAUAUUGAAAGCAAACAAGAUCCCUUUCUCCGUGAUAGAUAUAAGCACAGAUGACAAGGCGAGGAGUAUAUGGACUCGGAGGAAGGGUCCGAAGCAGAAACUCCCAGCGUUGGUGAAAGACGGUCAGGUUAUUGGUGAUUUUACGGAGGUUGAGGAAUGGAAUGAAUAUGGGGAACUAAAGCAGAAUUUGGGACUGGAGACUCCUUCAGCUUCAUCCCUACCUCAAGCUGCCACCACAACGACAGUCGAUAAAAAGCCGGAGGAUAAGCAAGCGGUACCAUCGGGUAGUGUAGCAAUCGCUGCUGAAGCUGCUGCUGCCGCUUCCAAAAAGAACGACCAGAAAUAG